AUGUACAGAAGUCUAGUGGGUGCACUGUUGUAUGUUUCUGUUUGCGCAAGGCCAGAUAUAGCAGCCAGUGCUACGAUACUUGGGAGGAAAGUAUCUUGUCCGACUGAGGCCGACUGGGUUGCCGCUAAACGAGUUGUUCGCUACCUAUUGGGAACGAAACAUUGGAAUCUGUCCUACGGUGAUCCUAAUGAAAAUCUUUUAGGAUAUUCGGAUGCUGAUUGGGCAGGUGACAUAAAAACUAGAAAAUCAACAUCAGGAUAUGUCUUCAAGCAUGCCGGAGGAGCUGUUUCGUGGGCUAGUCGAAAACAGAGUUCUGUGACAUUAUCGUCCAUGGAAUCGGAGUAUAUGGCUCUUAGCGAAGCGAGCCAGGAGUUGGUUUGGUUGCUGAGCUUGUUCGAAGAUUUCGGUGAAAAACAGAAAGGUGCAGUGAAAAUAUUUGAAGAUAAUCAAAGCUGUAUCCACUUUGUUAGUUCAGAAAGAGUUAAUCGUAGAUCGAAACAUAUUGAGACACGUGAAUCUUAUGUAAAAGAGUUAUGUUCUGAUAAGGUCAUGGAAUUGCAUUAUUGUUCGACUGAAGACAUGGCAGCUGAUAUGCUAACCAAGCCUGUAGGAUCAAUUAAGCAGAUGAAGUUUGCAAAGAUGAUGGGACUGAUGUAA